AUGGCCUUUCAACGUGAUGCGCUCUACGCUGUCUACGCCACAACCGUAUACGAUGACAUCGUCCCUGUCGAGCAGAUUGCCAACCAACAGCCCGCAAACCUCUAUCUUAUGAACAGGCCCGACCUGAUAUCUACCUUUACCAAGAUCGAGCUAUGGAAGUUGACACAGUAUAAGAGAAUAAUCUACCUCGACGCGGAUAUGGUUGCCCUGCGAGCCCCGAACGAACUCCUCUCCAUGGACACGAACUUUGCCGCUGUGCCAGAUGUGGGCUGGCCAGAUUGUUUCAAUUCUGGUCUGAUGGUCUUCAAUCCGAACAUGGGUGACUAUUAUUCUCUGCUAGCUCUGGCUAGAAGGGGAAUCAGCUUCGAUGGUGCGGAUCAGGGCUUGCUGAACAUGCAUUUUGUCGACUGGGAAAGGUUGAGCUUCAUCUACAAUUGCACUCCAAAUGCGAACUACCAAUACGUGCCCGCAUACAGGCACUUCCAAAGUAGUAUCAACAUAAUACACUUCAUUGGUGCAGAUAAACCAUGGACAAGAGGGAGAGACCAUACAGGAGAUCACGGCGUGUACAGUGAGCUGCUAGCAAGAUGGUGGUCAGUCUACGACAGGCAUUACAGGAGACCAGCUCCUGUAGAUUACAACCAGUUCGUGCAACCGCAGAAAAAGGUACAAGAUUAUGUACGCGGUGAAGAGACUCCACACCAACCUGCAUAUCAGCUUACUGGGCAAGCAUCUGAACCAAGAAGUAGCCACGGAUAUCAGAUAACUCAGCCACAGCCACAGUCGGUGCCUGGCAUACACAUUACAGCGCCUGAACACAAUCAAGCAGCUAUGGAAAGGCCAUUUGGCGACCAGCCUGCGCUGGAGGAAAGGAUAGAUCGACAAGAGACUAAACCAAUGUCUACGCAAGAGCAAAGGCGCUGGUCAGCUCCACACACUGAUUGGCAGCCAGCUAUUCAACCACCUCCAACCGGCUCGAAGCCCGAAGCUGCGAAUUUUCCAUCACAGCAAUAUGAGAUGUCAGACAGUAAACAGCUAUUCGAGCCACCUACACAGUAUCCAAAACCACCACGAGAUAUGUGGUAUGAUAUUCCCCAGCAGAAACCAACUCCUUCGGCUCCACCUAAAGCCAUUUUCCCAUGGGAAGAGAAAGGACUACCAAAGGCAACAAGAGUAUUUCCGAAGUCGCGUGAGUCGACACCACCACCACCAGAGCCAGAACUUGCACCUACGACAGUGGACGAACCAGUGCCUGAUGUAGCGCCCAUGCUGGAACCUCAACCAGAUGAGAGGCGAAGGCAUGCUACUUCCUCAAAUUCAGCGCAGCCACAUCAGGAUCAAAGGCCACCCUCUCCACUACGACACAUCUUUCCAUGGGAGUCUAGGGCGCCUAAACCCACACGAUACUUCGCGCCAGAUCCAACCAUGGCUUCUACCACGCCUAGCAUGAGUCAAAUAGGUGUUGGAACAAUACAUACUCCUGGUCUAGUUGGCGAUAUCCAGUCGAGAGGAUCACGCCCACCUGACAAUCCUUGGGAUGCUUUUUCACAACAGACGAACAAAUGGGACGAGGAUCCGGACAUUACUCGAUUCAUAGAAAGCUUCAACAAACCUCGGAAGGCACCCAUACAGGUUGUCCAUGAUUCGCGAUCAAAAACCGGAACGGAUGACCUACCACCCGUCAGAGAGCGACGAACCAGCCUGAGAUUAACUGAUUUCCCUACAGAAGUCGAGCGGCCAAGUUUGCCUGUAACUCCAGCCCCCAUCCGUAGGACGAACUAUUUUGGCAUAGCUGAAGAAAUUAGCAAAGGUGAUUUACCAGUGGCUCAAGGAGUACCACAACAAGAUGAAUGGAAUCCAAUCAUCAAACUCGAGGAGCUUCAAAGACGGCAAAGCCUCCUAAUGACCGGCGACGAAGAUCCCAUCGCGAAAUCGCAGACUCCUCCGAAACGAGACAUGCCCGAAAGUAAGAGCGCGGAACAAGCGAUUGAAGCAGCCAUGAAGGCCUUGAAUGCUAGCCAUGGAAGAGCAAAGGGACCAACGAAACCUAUUCUUCGACAGCCUCAUUUCGAGAUCACGCAAGCGGACGAUGACCAACUAGGAGACGAAGGCUUGGUAGCUAGUGCUCAUCCUCAUAUGACUGCCACUGGACACAAGAGUCCGACAAGAUUUAAUCCAAUUGUCCUAGAAGGAGAAGCUGCGUCGGAGAAAACCUCGGUGCUCAAUUCUCCAGGGUAUAUGAGUGACGAAGCAGACGAGGUGAGUACAGCUACGCAUCAUCAUACGGAUUCCUUCGACUACAGUGGGUCCUCACUCAGUCCGACCCAGACCAGAUCAGACUUACCCCCGGGUAAUGAGCCACCGACUACUGCACUCAAAGAAGCGUUACAGGAAGCUGCGCGAGACGCAGAAGAAGAAGCAAUCAUAUCACCAACGACCGUCGCCUAG